AUUUGUAGACCAAAGUGGAGGUUGGGCGACCAGUGUGACUGUGAAUGACAGUUCCACGAAGCCCUGUGAAAGAACAAGGAAGUGAUAGCUAUACCGCCCGAGUUGGACGAGAAACAAGACGGUUCUUUUGAAAUUUUCCUCGAUUUCAGCCACGGAGAAUACAGCUUCUGAGGGGAUGUUCCUGCAGCCUCUUGGCCAUGUUUCCUGGGCCUUGCAUUACGCUCACAGAAUGGAGCUGUAGGUCUGCGUGUUGGUCAUCAUCAUCAUCGCUGUGAGACCUGCCCGUCUGACUGCCCAGUGCCUGUUAUCGACAAAUCAUGGCCCCCGUGCCACCUGGCAUCCGUUUCCUGGCAUCCUUCAACAGAGAUCAGUGGUACAGAGCCUUCACCUUUGGUCUCACCUUCCUGCUGUACACCAGCUUCCACCUGUCCAGAAAACCCAUCAGCAUUGUCAAGAGUGAGCUGCAUAAGAACUGCUCAGUUCUCCAUGAGCUCUCCACGGCUGGUAGUAGGCAGCUGCCCAGCCUCCACACAGAGACGGACUGCAGCUGGAAACCUUUUGAUAAAAGCAACUAUAAGCAGCUUCUGGGAGCCAUGGACUACUCCUUCCUCUGUGCCUACGCUGUGGGAAUGUACCUCAGUGGCAUCAUCGGCGAGCGCCUGCCUAUUCGUCUGUACCUGACGUUCGGCAUGCUGAUGAGUGGCCUCUUCACCUGUCUGUUUGGUCUGGGCCGCAUCUACAACAUCCACAGCCUCAGCUUCUAUAUAUUUGUCCAGGUGGCCAAUGGCUUGGUUCAGACCACUGGCUGGCCCAGUGUGGUCACGUGCAUCGGGAACUGGUUUGGGAAGGGAAGGAGGGGUCUGAUCAUGGGCAUAUGGAACUCCCAUACCUCAGUGGGCAACAUCCUGGGCUCUUUGAUUGCAGGUUACUGGGUCUCCUCCAACUGGGGCCUGUCCUUCAUCGUCCCCGGCCUUGUGAUCGCUGCUAUGGGUGUCGUCUGCUUCCUGUUCCUCAUUGAACAUCCAAAUGAUUUGAAAAGCAUCCAUGAUGUACAGAACCCUGCUUCCAGCAACACUAAGCUGACCAAUAGCUGGAAAGGGGUGAAUGGACAUAACCAGCUCUAUCAUUCGUACAAACAAGGAGGCAAAUCUCAGAACUGGGACACAGAGCUGCUGCUCCCUGUACAGCAGGUGGUAGUGGUGAAGAGCGAAUCGGAGCCCUCGGCCAUCAGCUUCAUGGGAGCAUUACGCAUACCGGGAGUGAUCGAGUUCUCUCUGUGUUUGCUGUUUGCCAAGCUGGUCAGCUACACUUUCCUCUUCUGGUUGCCGCUCUACAUCACGAAAGCAGCUCACCUAGAUGCCAAAAAGGCCGGAGAGCUCUCCACUCUGUUUGACGUGGGAGGAAUUGUGGGGGGAAUCCUGGCUGGGGUCAUAUCUGAUAAGCUGGGAAAGAGGGCCACUACCUGUGCAGUGAUGCUGCUGCUGGCUGCUCCUACUCUUUAUGGCUUUUCUAUGAUCAGUGAGUUUGGACUUGGACCCACCAUCGGUAUGCUGCUGGUGUGUGGAGGGCUAGUGAAUGGACCAUAUGCCCUUAUUACAACAGCAGUGUCUGCUGAUCUGGGAACACACAAGAGCCUGAAGGGUAACUCCAGAGCCCUUUCUACUGUCACAGCCAUCAUCGACGGCACAGGAUCAGUAGGUGCAGCGAUAGGUCCCCUCCUGGCAGGAGUGUUGUCGUCACGGGGAUGGAACCAGGUCUUCUACAUGCUGAUGGUAGCUGACUUCCUAGCACUGGUGCUGUUGCUGCGGCUGGUGACAAAGGAGCUGACCUCUGCCAACGUGGUUAAACCUCGUUCUGGCAGCACCACAGUAGAGAUGAAAGAGCACUGAGCACUUUGCACUAACUCCAGACAGCGGAGUGAACAGACUGUCCCUCAGCACAGACACGCACGCUGCAUCUUAUGCCACUAACCUGUACCUUCGUCCAGUAACUGAACUGAGCUAGUGUGAAGCAGCACCUCCUUAGAACCGAAUGAAAGCCGAUUGAAGAUUCGGUAACAAGAUAAUAAGCAACCAACCAAGCCAUCCAAAGUUCCUCUGAGCACGUACCACUAUAACUUUUGUUUUACUUGUUCUACAGCACACUGGGCCUUAAAUAUAUAUAUAUAUUUUGCUGUCAGGUCUGCCUUAUGGAACCAAAGAUUGUGUGGAAAUGCAUUAUAAUUUAUAUGAAAUGUAUUAUUAUAAUUUUUUAAAAGUUGCCAUUAUAUUAUUGUGUUCUGUGGUGUAUUUUCUCUGUAAAUGAAGUAUAUGCAGGUACUGCUAUUUUGUAUUUGUAUAUUAUCAACAAAUUAAGUUUAUUAUUUUUGGUGACUUCAAUCCUAUGAAUGUAACAUUUUGUGUUAAGAGUUGGUAUGUAGAAUUUCAUACUCAAACUGAUGAGGAGGAUCAAUAAUUUCUGAAUAAGCUUUUCUUUAGGCAGUGCAAUGUUGAAAACGUUAGUGAUGAUGUUUUAUGUAGAUGUAGAAAAUAUCAAAUACCAUCAUCCCAAACCUUAAAUGAUCAUAUAAAAGUGAGUUAAUUUAUUCUGCCUCUACAAUGUGAACAUUUUGAAUGUGUUCCUUUUGACUAAUGCCUGCUAUCUCAAGUCCCUUUAUAGUGUAAAUAGCCCAAAAUGCCAAAUGAGUGAAGAAAUGUAGGUGAUAAUCAUCUUUAUAAAAAAUAUAUAUAUAUUCUUAACUUUCAUGAUGGCACAUGCAGAGGCUGUGGUCAAUUCCAAUUCACUUGCUGUGUUAAACAGAAAUGGAGUGGAAUAGACCCCAUCCAACAACAUGUCCAUUUUAUUUAUGUGGAGAUGGAGGAAGAUAAAACGUUCAUCUAAGUUCUUCAGUGGUAGUACUUGAAAUACUGUGUGCCUUUUGUUGUUUGUCAGGCAGUUGCUUCGUUCAGUGACGUAUGUGUGAGCCUUACUUGAUUACUAUAGCUACAUGGUCUUGGUGACAAUUGUAGAUUUGUAAUGACCUCUUGGUAAAUAAAUUUUAAAAAGAU